AUGAAGUUGGGGCUAUUAACAAUGGCGGCCCUCAGCGCCGCCGCCGUGGCUCCCGUCCCCGUGGCGAGGGACGUGCCGAAUGCGGUGCCACAACACCAGUUCCAGGAGAGAGCUCUCUUUGACUGGCUUUUCGGAGGCUCCUCUUCCAGUUCUACCAACAAUGACAAUAAUCAAGCGUCCCAGACGAGUGAUAACGGCAACAACAACAAUGACAAUAAUGCCUCGCAAACCAGUGAUAACGGCAAUAACGAUAAUAACGCUUCCCAGACCAGUGAUAGUGGCAACAAUGACAAUAAUGCUUCCCAAACCACAUCAAAUGCUUCUUCUUCCAGCUCAUCUGAAGGAGGGAUUGCCGGUUUUUUCGGAGGUUUAUUUGGUGGUGGCAACAAGCAGCUGUCAUCGUCUGAGGAGACGCUUUCUGUGGAAGGGGAAGCGACACUGGCGAUUGAUCCGACCAAUGCCAACUCCGUCAGCUCGGGCGUCAGUGCUUCUGACUUGAAACAGAGCUUCUCGCUGAACGUGUUGUUCACGGCGGGAGAGAUUCUGAGUACUCAAUCAAAACCUUAUCAACCUUACUACACCCAGUGUCCCCAACAGGAUAUUGUCAGAAAAGCCGAUAAAAUCGGUGAUGAUGAAAAGCAGUGGAUUGCUCAGAGACAGGAAAAGACCAACCCCAAACUUAUCGAGUUCUUAGAAGGUGCCGGUAUCGACAACGCCAAGGAGUUAGUGGAGCAAAAAGACCGCAAUUUGAGUGUGGGGCUUGCCUUUUCUGGUGGUGGUUACCGCGCCAUGCUUGCUGGUGCUGGUCAACUUUUGGCUCUUGACGACUCAUUCAAUGACUCCAAAUCUAAAGGACUUGGGGGCAUCCUCCAGGGUUCUACCUACCUUGUGGGUCUUUCUGGUGGUAACUGGCUUGUGGGUACUGUCUCAUUGAACGAUGGUUUGCUGGUGGGUGAUAUCUGGCUGGGCCACUCAGAUGUAUGGAACUUGGAAGAAACUAUUUUCAACCAAGGCGGGUUUAAUGUCAUUGAAAUUGUCAAGACGUACACUCAGAUGGGGACUGCGUUGGAUGCUAAGGAUGAAGCCGGCUUCGAUACCUCGAUCACUGACUUGUGGGGCCGUGCCUUAUCGUACCAGUUCUACCCGGAAGACACACGAGAAGGGGAGAAUGUGUCGUGGCUGGAUAUCCGCGACAUGGAACUGUUCACCAACCACCAGAUGCCGUUCCCCAUUGUCGUCGCCAAUGGUAGAACCCCUGGUUCCAUCAUUAUCAACGAAAACCUGACUGUGUUCGAAUUCAACCCUUACGAAAUGGGUACUUGGGACCACACCUUAGGCCACAUGAUUGACGUCAAGUACUUGGGGACACAGAUGUCGAACGGGAAACCCGUCGACUCGAACAAGUGUGUGGUUAAGUUUGACAAUGGUGGUUUCAUUAUGGGCACGCUGUCGUCGCUUUUCAACCAGGCGUUGGUGAAGGCAUUGCAACUGAACUUGCCGCAAGCACUUAAGACGGUCACCACCAAGAUCUUAAACAAGUUGAAAUUGGGUGAUAUCGAUGUGGCUAACUACAGACCGAACCCGUUCUACAAUUUGGACCAGGCCAACUCGCUGAGAGUCUCCAAUAACGAGACGUUAUACUUGGUUGAUGGUGGCGAAGACAACCAGAAUAUUCCCUUCUACCCGCUUAUUCAACCGUACCGCAAAGUCGACGUGAUUUUAGCUUACGACAACUCUGCUGAUACCAAGCAGCUGUGGCCUAACGGUACCUCGAUUGCCUCUACUUUCCAAAGACAAUUCAACCCUCAAGGCAAAGGUUCUCCCUUCCCCUACGCUCCCCCCGUUAAAGUGUUCCUUGACGAAGAAUUGGGCACAAAGCCCGUGUUCUUUGGGUGUAAUGCUUCUGCUCUCGACGACUUGAUUGGGUACCAUGACGUUAAGGAUAUGAAGAAUACCGAUAUCCCCUUGGUGGUGCACAUUCCCAACCACGAGUACAGCUACCACUCGAACGAGCUGACGUACAAGAUGUACUACAGUCCUAAGGAGAAGUACUCCAUGAUCCAAAACGGGUUUGAAGUGUCGUCUCAAGGUAACGGCACCACCGAUAAGGACUGGAAAAAGUGUGUGGCGUGUGCCAUUGUCCGCCGGUCGGAAGAGAGACAGAACAAGGAGCAAAGCGACGAGUGUAAGAAGUGCUUUGACCGCUACUGCUGGAACGGUGGGGCUGUCGACGCUGUCUACGACUCUGAUUUUGCUGCCUACCUCAAGCUGAAGGGCAAGCAGGCGCCGCCAGUGUCGGAUGUGUUUGGGCAAAACCGUACUGCCUCCAACCACACCAACUCCAGUGCAGCAGCAGCCGCCCGCCACUCUAGUGUGGCUGACCGCAGUACAUCGAUUGAUAGCAGUUCUGCCUCGGGCUCAGAUUCCGCUUCCGAAACGUCUGACUCGGCUUCGUCUGAGUCCAGUGGCUCUGACCUGGCCAGCACGUCCGGAAGUGACAACAACGAGGCCACCACCACGUCAAAUAGCAAUAUUUUUGGUGGGUUAUUCGGUGCGGGAGCUAACACUGACUCGAUAGCUACUGGCAGAGGUAGCGGCACCGCCACCCCAACGGCACCGACGAAGACCACAACGUUGCACACUCAGGACCAAUCGGGAGGCAACUCUCUUGCCUACAGCUGGGUGCUUUUGUUGUUGUCUAUGCUCAUGUGA